AUGGAUCAGCCGGUGGACGAAGUUAUAGCCAAAUCAACCUAUAUUGGACGAAAAGAUCACUGUCGACCAAUGAGUUAUAUCAUCGCUAUCGUCGUCAGACCGGCUCAAAACUGCGCCCAAUUCCUCUGCAGCACUCUUAAAUUCACGGUCCAGAAGCAGCUUGUGUGGCAAAAAUAUACGUCGAGCGCGGCAGCAAUUGUGUCUUACAUUGCAGGUAAGCGACUCGUCGCAAAUGCAACCACACACCGAUUGAGUUGCCAGGUCCGUGGCCAUGUCUUGGAAGCAUGUGUCUCGGAAUGCAACUCUAAGAGGACCUCUGUGGUGUUGCUAACCCCUAUUUCCGUGGCUGCGCAAGUCAACCAUCCCGACAGCCUGCCAAAAGAUGCAUAG